UAAACACAAAACUAUAACAAAUGCUUUCAAAAUUCAAAUUGUCCACGUCUUUUUUUUGAACAUUGUUUUAAUAAUUUUAAGAGUUAUCUUGUCUGCAUAAAAUCACAUCCGAAACCAAAGAAGCAAAUUUAAAUGCUCCUCCCUCUAAUCUCGGCGGAGAACGCAUGGACGCUUUUCCAUUGCGCGCAACCGUUAUAUUUUCAGCAGUGAAUCGUAAAAAGCUUCCCAUUCAUCCGCUCAGGAACGUAUUCUCAACGAGAUUUGAAACCGCUGCUUCACUCAACCAACAGUUUAAUGAUAACAAGGGCAGGCAGCAGAAUAAGAAGAGGAAGGUUAUUGUAAUAUCAGGUCCCACAGGUGUAGGCAAGAGUAGCCUGGCCCUCCAAUUAGCCAAGCGACUUGGUGGAGAAAUUAUCAGUGCCGACUCAGUUCAGGUUUACAGGGGUUUAGAUGUUGGAUCAGCAAAGACUCUUCUUACUGAUAGACAGCACAUACCACAUCAUUUGCUUGAUAUUCUACAUCCAACUGAAGAGUACUCUGCAGGGAGAUUCUUUUCAGAUGCAAGAGAAGUUACAGAAACUGUACUUGAUAAAGGUCAUGUACCUAUAGUUGUUGGUGGUUCUGGGUUAUACAUACGAUGGUAUGUGUAUGGUAUGCCAGCCAUCCCAGCAGCAUCUUCUGAAAUCACUUCUAAAAUUAAAGAUGAAUUGAGAAUGAUUAAGGGAAAUGGUGACUGGGAUGCUGCUGUGGAACUCCUUCUGAAAGCAGGUGAUUCCACUGCUAUUAAUGUGGAGCGCAACGAUUGGUAUCGCAUACAACGCGGUCUUGAAAUAAUUGAGGCUGCCAGAGUUCCUCGAAGUUCAUUUCCUGUACCAUAUGACAUUUUUAAAGAAAAAGAAGCCUCAAUUACAACAGUUUCUUCUUUCAACAACAUUUAUCAAGAGGAUGAAACUGCAAAGAGUUCCUUUACACAUUUGGACUAUGAAUUUCUCUGUUUUUUCCUUUCUGUUCAAAGAACAGAGCUUUAUAAAAAAAUCGAUCAGCGGUGUGAGGAGAUGCUCAUAGGAAGUAAUGGACUUUUGGCAGAAGCCUCUUGGCUGUUGGAUAUGGGAAUUCUUCUUAACACAAGAAUGGCAUCGCGUGCAAUUGGUUACCGCCAAGCAAUGGACUACUUGAUUGACUGUAGACAAGCAGGAGGUGAAAGUUCCACAGAGAAGUUCUUUACGUUUCUUUCUGGAUUUCAGAAAGCAUCCAGGAAUUUUGCUAAGCAGCAAAUAACAUGGUUCCGCAAUGAACCAUUAUACUAUUGGCUUGAUGCUUCUCAACCUCUGGAAAACAUAGUGAAUUUCAUUGCGGAUGCAUAUUAUGAUUCAUUUGAUGCAUCAACUUAUGAAUCACUUAAAAUGGUUAAAAGCAUUAGCCGCAAGGAGACUAAAGACUUGAAACAGUAUCGUUCUCAAAACAGGUACUUUGUCAAUUCAAUAGACUGUGCUUCUGUUCUAAACUGGAUAAGGUCAACCCAAUGUGGGAGGAACUAGCCAAGCUUUCUUUUCUUGAUCAACAUCCGUCACUGUAUAAAACACCUUAAAAAUUUCUUUUUCUGAUGUCCUUUGUCAGGGCAGACUAUCAAGAAGGAUAUUGUUAUUUUAUUCAAGAUUCAAAUUUCUCUUGGAAAAGCAUUGAAAAAAAAAAGUAGGCAUUGAACAGUUUUGUAUAGAAAUGGGAUCACUGUUCUUGAUGUUCAGAUGUAUUCACGCCUCGGUGAUUAUUUUGGAUAAGUUGUCCAGUUGUUUAUGUAAACAAGGGCCUUUUUCCACUCGAAAAUCUUUAUAGAUGAGUCCAAAUCAGAUCUUUUUGCUGCUAAUUCUAUGGGGAAUCCUGUUGAAAGCAAGUUCAACUCAAGUAGCUAGCCCUGUUUUCCUUUUCCUUCUCUUUUGAUUCUGUCAAUUCCAACACAUUAACCGUUAUUAAGAUUACCUCUCCUUGAGAUUCAACCUGUAGAAUUCGAGAAUUUUUUCAGUUAUAAUGGUUUACGUCAUAUUUCUUGACUUCAUCAGCAUAUAAAGUGAAAAGACAGGAUGUUGAGGCA